GGCGACUUCGAGGGCCCAGAAGACGACGCCCCGGAAUCGGUUCAGGCGAUGGCCGCUCCACCCAAUUGGGUGUUUCCCGAUCUGUUGCGCGUCGACUCGAGUCAGGCCUCACACGAAGAGCCGGAGAGUGUGGCCAACAGUUGUCCGCCGAUGGCGUCGACCCACUCGCGACCCAAUGUCAUGAUUCGCGGACCCAUUCGCGAGACGGGAGCCAUACCUAAGCAGAGGACAGACCUGCCGGACGUGUCUCUCCUGCCCUCCGGAUCUCGAGAUCUAUGCACUCCUGCCUUAAAGACGAGUUCUUAUUCGCGCGACUCGUCGGCCAACAGACCCACGAAUCUAAUGGACGGCAAUAUUCCUCGGGAUAACGGAAGUGACUUAAAUCAGACGCGAGUCACGCGUUUAGAACAGGAUCUGAAGACAUUGCAGACACAGAAGGCUUUACUACAGCAACAGUUACUGCAAAAAGACACUCAAAUCCGCGAAUUGCAGUCACAGUCGCGCCAAUCGGUUCCCAAUGUGAUUCCCACUCAAUCUCAAGAGUCAGUGAUCACUACAUUGACCGAAACGGUGGACAGGUUUCGCUCAACCAUUGAGACGGCGAUGAAUCGAUUGGAGCAAAGACUCACUUCACUCGAGACCAGAGUUUGUAAUGCAAACGACUCGUCCAUUGUUUGUGAUGCCGUGUCCUCUAAUGGCAAUGACAUCGACUCGCAGACUGUUCGCCAAACUUCGAGUCAAACGCUUAACAAUAUUUUAAUACAACAGAGAAAACAAAUUGAAAACGAGAGACGAAGAAAUCUCUUGUUAUUCUCAUCGCUCCUGAAGAAUGCUUUCGAGACAAUAGAAACUCAUUUGGAUGUAAAGGACGUCGACUUUAAUCACAAAUAGUAUCUCAAUUAUACCUCAUUUGAUUUGACAUGAAAAGUAAAUAACUAUGAGUUUUGUAAAUAAUAGCAUCAAUUGUGGUCAUGUCUACCAAUCAUCGAAUGUAUUUGAUAUGUCUUUGUCGUAAUCUUCGUGGGAACUCUUCUCCACUCUUUGUUUAUGAAUAUUAUUUUUGCAUCAAUUGAAUGGCAUUUUGUUUGGCACCAGUGUUUCCAGUGAUUCUUAUGGCAUGACUUCUGUUGUCACUGAAUGGCACUUCGUUUUGAUUUUGUUCCCUCCCGUGGGAACCGUUCUCUUGAGCCUUAUUUUGCGGAUUAGACACUGUCUUCAAUGUCUGCAAAUCGAGAUUAUGUUCAUUGUUUGGAUCGGAACUCAGUUUCUGUGUCACAAGAAAUUCGAGCGAAGAUUCUUCCAGUGCUUUAACAUUGUCUUCGCAGAUGUAACAGCCGAACGUCUGGCCAUCACUUUCCCUGUGAUUGUU